AUGGGCAUUGAAUACAGCACCGCCAAGUGGCUCGCACCUGUGUCGUUCGUCUACGACUUUGCGCUGCAGCAGUAUGGGCUCAACAGCACUCCUUCGAUGAAGGACAUCAACGACAGAAACACAUCUUUCUGGAGCCCCCAGCCUUACUUCAUUGGAGCCUUCUUUGCACCUCAGCAGAUCGUACAGUUGGCCUGGCUGUACCGUUUGUACAAGCUUGAUCCCAGCAAGCCCAAGGAGCGCUCCGAACUCGACCAAAUUGUGAACUUUGUCCCCUACUACGCCCUCGGUAACUUUUGCAUUGGCACCUGGAUGUAUUGGUGGAACAGCGAGCAGCUCAAGAUCUCCAACUUGUUCGUUGUCGUCAACUCUCUCAGCCAGCUUUACUUCGUCUUCACCAAGCUCGGCCCCAUGAACACUUCCUCGACUUCGUCCAUCCUCACACACAUCAACGCAAAGACCUUUGCCGGUAUUGGCGUCCUCGACUUCCUCCACAACAUGAGUGUUGCAUACUUCAAGGAUGCUCUUCCUUCCACAGCCAUCAAGGCCGUGACUGGAGCUGGCUUUGCUGGUCUCGCCGCCUGCAGUGACUGGAUCUUCGGCGGAUGCCUCGUCUACGACCUGGUUGCCCUGAGCGUUGGCCAGGCCACCUUGAACAACCCCGAUUGGAGCAAGAUGCUCGGUGGAUUUGCCGUCAUGACCGCCGGCAUUGUUGGUCUGAGAAACUACUUUAUGUAG